GGAUUCGAUUUGUGCGGGGCUGAAGUUCUGGUACCUGAACUCCCUUUUCUUCUAUUCCCUCCCGUUUUCUCUGCAACUGCCAAACCCGAGACCUUCACUCGUAUUUCUCUAUUCGAGUUGCUAUUAAAGCUUCGUCUCUCACAGUCUUUACAUCAGGUUUUACAUUCAAUAUAUAGUUGGUACUCAUGGGAACUGAGGUUGCUGUCGACAAGGAAGCUAAUGGAAACUUGUUAGAUGAGAAGAAGGUCAAAGUUGUUUUUGUUUUGGGUGGUCCAGGCAGUGGAAAGGGCACUCAGUGUGCCAAUAUAGUUGAACACUUUGGGUACACCCAUCUCAGUGCUGGUGAUCUUCUUCGAGCUGAAAUUAAAUCUGGUUCUGAAAAUGGUACAAUGAUACAAAACAUGAUAAAGGAGGGAAAGAUUGUCCCUUCAGAGGUUACAGUUAAGCUUCUCCAGCGAGCAAUGCAGGAAAGCAAUAAUGACAAAUUCCUCAUUGAUGGAUUUCCACGUAAUGAAGAGAACCGUGCUGCAUUUGAGAAUGUUACAAAAAUUAUUCCAGAAUUUGUACUAUUUUUUGAUUGUGCAGAAGAGGAGAUGGAGAGACGUCUUUUAAAUAGGAACCAGGGAAGGGAAGAUGACAACAUUGACACAAUCCGAAAGCGGUUCAAGGUUUUUGUAGAAUCCAGUCUCCCUGUGGUUGAGCAUUAUGAGUCAAUGGGGAAGGUUCAGAAGAUUGAUGCCGGAAAGCCUAGAGAAGAGGUUUUUGGGGCAGUCAAGGACAUUUUUUCCCCAAUUGAUGAAAAGAUUGAUGCCGGAAAGCCUAGAGAAGAGGUUUUUGGGGCAGUCAAGGACAUUUUUUCCCCAAUUGAUGAAAAGAUUGAUGCCGGAAAGCCUAGAGAAGAGGUUUUUGGGGCAGUCAAGGACAUUUUUUCCCCAAUUGAUGAAAAGGCUAAUAAAAAUGUUUGAAUUACAAUUUCAAUGGCGAACAUAGUCUGGAUAGAGGUUGCAGUAGUGUAGUUUAUAUUAGGGUUUCUGAGGGCAGCAUAUUUGUUGAUUUU